UUAUAACUGGAGUCAUAGCAAAAUUGCAAUUCAUAUCUAGAUCUCAGACAGCUAAGGAGGUAAAAAAUUUGGAUGCAGAAAGAAACCAAAACUAGCACUACUGUACCCUUGAUUCUAACAACUGAAUUUCUUCAUUACAAACUCCAAAGAACGUCUGUGACCUAGCGGCAAGCUGAUGGGUGAAGCCCAUGAGAGAUAAGAACAAGGCUCCUUGUUGUGAGCUCCACAUCAAAACGCUGAAAGUUCUCCUUGGACACAGAAAACAAGAUGGCUGCUUUCAUUGCAGAAAACUUCCGCUUCCUCUCACUAUUCUUCAAGAGCAAAGAUGUCAUGAUUUUCAAUGGCUUGAUUGCCUUGGGCACGGUUGGAAGCCAAGAAAUUUUCUCUAUGGUUGCAUUCCACUGCCCAUGCUCCCCAGCCAGGAACUACAUCUAUGGAUUGGCUGCCAUAGGUGUACCUGCCCUGGCCUUGUUCCUUAUUGGUGUCAUCUGGAACACUCACACUUGGAACCUGGUAGCUGAGUGUCACAGACGAGGAACCAAGAACUUUUCAGCAGCAGCCAGCUGCUUAAUCUUUGGCUCAGUCAUGGGGCGAGCUGCAGUGGCUCCCGUUACAUGGUCAGUGAUCUCACUGCUUCGUGGAGAGGCCUACGUCUGUGCCUUGAGUGAAUUCAUGGAUCCUGCCUCCUUGCACAAAUUUCCACCGGGCUACGGAGCUGACAUCAUGGCCAGAUUCCCUUGUGAUGAUGUGCCAGGAAACUUGACGAAAUUUAAGGAUGAAUUUAUAAGGCAAUUAAAAUAUGAGUCCCAGCUUUUUGGGUGGAUGCUCCUUGCUAUAGUUGCAAUUCUGGUAUUCCUCACCAAGUGCCUGAAGCAUUGCUGUUCACCACUCAGCUACCGACAGGAGGACUACUGGGAUCAAUACCGGUCCAAUGAGGCCAAACUCUUCCAUCGCACUGCAGAGGUUCACUCUAAGGUCAUGGCUGCCAACAAUGUGAAAAAAUUCUUUGGUUUUGUGUACUUAGAUAAGGAAGAGAAGGAAUUGGUACAGGAGUACACCGUGGAGGAUGUCCAGCCCAGGCCACAGUGGGAUGCCAUCACUGGGGUUUAUAUCUAUCGGGAGAAUAAAGGCUUCCCUCUCUACAGCCGUCUUCAUAAAUGGGCCAAAGGUGUGAUGGGAUGCAACUCAGGUCCUGAUAACCAGGAAAUGGUCUUCCUUGCUGCCUAAGAUAACUGGUAUCUUCAUGCCACACGGAGUUUUAACUAUUACCAAAGAUCUUGUCCAGUGCAUACAACUGAUGGAUUGUUUGUGAAUUACCCAUAUGAGUGACACAGGUAGCCUAUACCUUAUGGGAAUGGGAACAAAGACCAAUGGCAAUUGUAUCCAACUGAGGAGUUCUCCUUUAAAAGAUCACAGCUUUGCUGCUCUAGCAAAAGAACACAGCUUUAGGUAGGCAGGUGAGGCUUGCUUUUCAGCUAGCAGCAGAGUUUGCAGAUGCUAGGCACAAAAAAGUCCUCAUAAGAUACAUACAAUUGGAAAAGAUGAGCAGGAAACAUUUAAGGGACAGAACAAUCCUGUCAAGGUGCUUUAUUAUUUUGCCUGCUGCUACCUAAUUUGUACUUAUUUAGCAUCUUUCCUCUAGAAAGAUUGAAACCAUAAUGUGGCUAUAAAGAGAGAGAGAGAGAAUGCUACAAGUAAUAAAAUUAAGUCAACUAACUCAGGAAUGUUACUUCUGGAUGGCAGGAAUUAAGUUCAGAGAAGGUGAGACUGGCAGAAUUCUGCCUCUGCCAAGUAGCACCUACUCUGCUUUCCCUCACUUCGGUUUUUAAAACAAGAACUGGAUUGAAUUAUAUACUUUAACUGAUGAACCUGUGCUUCGA